AUGAAGGCGGUAGUGGGAAAAGUACGUAAAGUACGUAAAGUACUCUUCGCUGUGUUAUUUGCUGUUGCGUGCAUAACCUUUACCUCUACCUAUUUGGAGCAUCCUUUAUUACAUGUCCAGGAGAACUACGACUACCAUGUAAAUGGGUUCAGCAUCUCAUCGUACCCAGAAGAACAAACAGCUGUUAUAUUCCCACGGAACUUUGAGCACCCACAAGAUGAAGUACAAACAUUUUACGAGCACUAUUUUGGCGAAACAGAUGAGAGUACUAAUGUUAUCAAAUACCUGGGUAGCCAGAAACCGCUUUCGGAAGUCAUUCAAAAGCAGCAGUAUAAGAAACAUUCUGUCAAGAUUUAUGGUGCUUCAUCGAAGUCUGAUGAAUGCGAUGAUUUACUGAAAGCCAUGGAUUUCAACUUAUCAAACUAUAAAAGUCUCGAACCUCGACUUGAAAGAGUUGCCAAAACUAUGUUAAAUAAACUUAACACGGAUGAUGCGUUUGCAGAAAUGAAACCAUUUUUUAAGAAUGAUCUUUGGAAACAGCUCAAGUCGAAAACAACCCAGAAUCAUUGGUUUAAGUUUGCAGGAAGCUCCGUUUGGUUGGAACAAUACGGAGUCCAUUUGAUGAUAUCGAGAAUCGUAUAUUCUUCCAAGGGACGUAAGAGAGCUCCAAUUUUGAGUUUUGUUUAUGCACAAGUAUUCAAUGAAAAUUGGGAAGAAAUGGAAGAUGUUGAGCUUGUCAUACCGACUACUGAUCCUAAGACGCAGGAGUCUAUUUAUAAAAAUAUUCACUUCCCGACAUAUUUUCCAAUCCCAUUUUAUCAUGAUGUCCAUUAUCAAUCUAAGAGGUUUUAUGGACCCGAGGAUCCUAGGAUUUUAUUGUUCAAGAAUGAAAUGGGUAUUGAGGAACCUUUGAUCAUUUUCAAUGCGUAUCACAGAAAAGUAGACAAACAAAUUCCUAUUGAUGAGGAUAAUAUGAAUGUUACUUUCUCAUAUCAUAGACUGAUGUUCAUGUCAUGGCCUUUCAGGUUUCAAUCUGGUAAGGGAAGUCUUGAUGGAUUUCAAAAUCCCAAGUAUGAAAAAAAUACAUACAACAAAGUCGUCGAGCUUAGAAGAGAGAACAGCAAAAGAUUACGUGUUCAGAAAAACUGGACUCCGUUCAUAAGCUUGAAGGAAAGGUCUGAUCAGGAUUUGAAUGUCUAUUUCGUUUACAGGUGGCUGAAGUUGGAGAUAUUGAAGUGUCCUCUCUCCGACGAUGCAGAUGGGAUUGCAUCAUGCUCCUCCCAAUAUAAACGGGAUCCUAAAUUGUCAAUCGAUGCCCCUGUGGGUGAAAUGAGAGGUGGAACAGAAAUGAUUAGCCUUAAUGAUUAUUACAAAACUGAUAAAGAGGUUUGGAUUGGGUUUGCACGUGCUCACCUUAAGAACUGCGGGUGCGGCAGCAGUAUGUAUCGACCAAACUUCGCAAUUAUAGUUAAGGAUGGAUCAAAUUAUAUGGUCACCCAUAUGAGUUCUUUCAUGUCUCUCAAUAUCCCAGUUCAUGGAUGGACAAUACCCGAGCAGUAUUGUAAACAUAGGAGCCCUAGUGUUUUGAUCCCAAACAGUAUAGCAGCUGUGGGCAUUUCAAAGGACAGCGACUACCUUACCCUUUUAUUAUCCGUUGCCGAUGAUACUGACUUUGUGGUACAUUUUAAGAACUUAUUGCAAGGAAUACGACCAUUAAUAGAAGAGGCGGUCUCUGUCGGCAAGUCAGGCUUAGAUGAUCGUGUCGUUAAAUGUUCCUUGCAAUCUUCUUCACGGUUUUGCAAAAAAUUUGGUUUGGAACACAAGCCAAAGAACUCAUAA